AUGCCUUCCUACCUGUACGCCACCGAUGGGCUCAAAAUGCUUGUCAAACACAGCGCAGACCCAACCAAACAGCUCGAUAACGUACAACUGGUCGUUUGCGAACUAAACUCUGGCGCCUACAGCUCCGAGCUCUACCCUCUGAUAGUUUUCAAGGGCGGGCCCGACCUACGCGAGCGACGUGAAGCUGUGCAAGAUCUGUGGCUCAGGGACCAGCAAACUCUGUCAGGCGACAGUACCGACGGAGCUGUCUCCUUGUUGAGCCAAUGCUUCUCGCAACUCAAUAGGACCGGCAGGACCAUCUCACUUACUGUUGUCGGUCGUACUCAAGGCUGGCACAGUACCGCUGAAGACGAUCAGGUUUGGGGGUCGAAGGCAUACACCAGCAAGCUCAAUGAGUUGGACGCCUGCCUCGACAAGAAGGCCUUCAAGGAUGGAGAUUGUGUGAAGGUAAUGGUAAAACUCUUCGAAGCCAGUCACGAUGUCAGCGCACCUAUCAAGUCCCUAGCCCUAGACCUGCAGAAUGGUUACCACAGUUCUAGUAGCGCAUCCAAUGGAGCCCUGCAGAAGAUGUCGGAUCAUUCGGGAAAGUUCCUACCAGUACUCGAGCGUCUUGACCUGAGACUCAAGAUCUCUGCCCCAAACGACGGUCUCGACGAUGUCUCCGAGGCCAGCUCUGGCACGAUGGUCGAGGAAAUGUCCGACUGCGAGACAGAGAUCAGCCACGAUGCAAUUUCGACCUUUGAGGCAAUCAGUCUGGGUGGGUGCCCGUCACCUCUCUCUCAGCUCGAUCUGACUAUGUGUGGUCCUGCUGUCGAUAAUGAUGCUUACAAUCUUACCCUCGACUCGAUCAACAAGGGUCUGGGUAAUGCAUACUUUCAAGAAAUCGCUUUGCAUCAGGGCCGUUUUGAUGCACUAAGCCUCCAAGGCUUCCUCGAGUCUCAUUCUAUCGGGCUGAAGACGCUGAUCUUGGACGACGUACAACUUCAGAGUUAUGACAGCUGGCGAGCCUCGCUAAAGUGGAUGGUCGAGAACCUGACGCUCGACGUCUUGGAGCUGCACAAUCUCAAGGCCACGAAAUGUUGCACAAAGUUCGCUCGCCAGCUCACGAAGGUCCUUUGUGGGUUGUGUGGUGAUGGUGCCUGGGUGAGCUACAGAUUCUUCGAUGGUGCCGAGAAGGUGGCGGAGGGUCUCGAAUACUUGGUCGACAUCGCAACGGGCCAGUACAAGUGGCUGGACCGCUUGGUGGAAGGAAGGACGAAGCCGUUGAUGGAGGAGGACAGCGAUUGA